AUGAUCAUCCGCGCCAAUGGAGAGAUUGAGUCCGAGGAGGAUCCAGACCGGAGAAACCAGAGAAAGAAGAAGAACCUGAGGAGUAUGAAGCCGUGCCUGUCCAAGGCAAACUUCUGCUUGAUUAUCGAUGGAGGAAGCUGUACCAAUGUGGCGAGUGAAACUAUGGUUGAGAAAAGUUGGGCUCAUCAAGAAGCAUCCACGGCCUUAUCAAGCUUAACUGGUGAAUGA